CUUCUUCCUUUCCAGCUGAGGCUAAUAGAUUGGGGUUUGGCUGAAUUCUACCAUCCGGGUCAGGAAUAUAACGUCCGAGUGGCUUCCAGAUACUUCAAAGGGCCGGAACUCCUCGUAGAUUAUCAGAUGUACGACUACAGCCUGGACAUGUGGAGUUUGGGGUGCAUGCUUGCCAGCAUGAUCUUCCGAAAGGAGCCCUUUUUCCACGGCCACGACAAUUACGAUCAGACUUUCAAUGGGCACUCACGGAAACGAUGGGAGCGUUUUGUCCACAGUGAGAACCAGCACUUGGUCAGCCCCGAAGCCUUAGAUUUCUUGGACAAGUUGUUGCGAUACGAUCACCAGUCCCGACUGACGGCCAGAGAAGCCAUGGAGCACCCUUACUUUUGUGAGUCCAGUUCUCGGGAAACCCAUUCGAGCGUCCUUCGGCGGGACAAAGACCGGGUCUGGAAGCCUGCACUAAAUACAGGAAUUUCUUCAGUGGCGACGUCUUCCCCCCUCGGACCUCUAGCCGGCUCCCCCGUGAUUGCCACUGCCAACCCGCUGGGAAUGCCAGUGCCUGCUGCCGCGGGGGCUCAGCAAUAAAGGACACCCCCCCUCCCCUCCCACUGUCUCCCAGACGCCGGACUGGAGCCACCCUAGGGCUGAGGGUCCUCCUCCAACUCACACCCCCCCUCCACAGCCUCUUGUAGCCAACGUGGGGAGGGGGGGAAGGAAAGAGAGACAGGAGGAGCCACAUCGGACCCGUUGCGCUGGUGGAUCGAUUCGUUCCUCCCGUCACGUCAUCAUAUGUAUCUCCCUCUCCACCCCACCUCCCUCGCCCUCGGAUUAUAUAUAUAAGAUAUGGAUGGAUCUUCUCACGCCGAAUCUCCUCCUUCCCCAGGCCUGCCUUUUUUUUUUACUUGAACGUUUUGUAACUCAGAGGAACCCCCUGGCAAAAAACAAAACCACCACAAAAACCAUCCACCCGCGGGGCGUUUCACGGACCCUUUCUCGUCUGUUCCCGCUCGCGUCCUCCCCGGAGACUCUGCAUAAGUGAGGACGCCGGUUCUUCCUCAUCUCGGUUUCUCUCGUCCUUACGACUCGCCGAUGCCUCUUCUCCCCCGCCUCCUCCCCCUUUGCAGGGGAAUGUCAUGCCUCCAUCACCAGCCCGCCCGCACCAUCCCUGUUGAGUUUCCAGCCUUGGAAAGCUAGCCGACAAGAACGGGAGCCCAUCGUGGGGCAUCUCGGAAGCCACGUAGCCAUCGUCCUGCAGCGGCUCGGAACGGACUCGGUUUGCAGGGCGGGGAAAAAAAAGGACAAAACGGUCCAUAAUCCGAUGGGGUUGUCUUCUCCUCAUCGUCAUCCAAAGCCUCCAGGACUCGCCUGCCGAUCCGUACCUCCUGAAAAAAUAGCAUCUGGCCUCGCCGCCAAGCUCUUCCCCGUAACGUCCUCUGGAAUUCUGGAAGAAUCCCGAUUUUUUUCACCACCUGUUUUUCCUGGAAAGAAAAUCCUAAUUUUUCACCGGUUUUUCCUGGGAAAAAAAUCCUAUUUUUCCACCUGUUUUUCCUUUCCUUUUCCUUUAAAAAAAAACAAAACACCACCUCAAACUUCUAACAGAUCUUGGAAAGAAAAAGAAAUAACAUGAACGGAUCCAGGGCUGCUCGCUUGCCCUGCCUUACCCUCCCAUAUAUAUAUAUAUAUAUAUAUAUUUCGCCAUGUGGUUGAGAGGUGUGUGUUUGUGUGUGUUACUUAGAGGCAGCUGGCGGAGAGAAAAUUGUCGAGGAAAAUAAAAUGUGUGAAAAACCACAAAACGCAAAAAAAAACAACCCAGGCCAGCUUGUAAGAGAGCGUCCUGGGGAAGGAUGGGACCCGCUCCCUGUGUGAUUGUGUGUCUGUCUACUACACACACCCUCACCGAAACGCAGAGGCCUCUUGUAAGGUAAAUGGGUCUCGCUCUUCCUUCUGCUGAAAUGCCCGACGUCAGAAAUUCCCGGCUGUAAAUAUGAAAACUUAUUUUCCUUUUUUUAAUUUAUCAAAGGUUAGGUUUAACGUCACCCGCGCGGAGGCUCUCUUUGGGCCAGUAUCAAAACGUUUUACAAUGACGUUGCAGCCUCUCAAUCCCUGGAAUUGGGGCUUCGGACCGGGAGGCUGGGUUUGUGUGUGUGCGUGUGUGUUUGUGUUUGGGGUGUGUGUGUGUGUGUGUCCGUCCUGAAACUGGUUCUCCCCAUUCCCGUUUUCGGCACCUCGCCCAGGAUUCGGUGGCCACCGCGACCCCGUGCUCGGAAGCCUUACAAGAAGCGUGCUCAACAAAAGCCAAAAUUUCGCUGGGGUUUUGGGGGGGCCCCUGUGUUUUUCCUCUCGCUGUGCUGGGAUGUCGAAGGGCAGGAUGGAAGCCCUUUCCCCAUCUCUUUCCGAACCACCGUGGAUCUUUGCAAGCCCCAUCAGAUCCUCUGUGAACAUGUCCGUUGAGGGAGGAGGCUCAUCGCUAUGCGUGGCUUGCUAACAAUCUCGGCGAGGCCUCGAGUUUCACGAUAAUAUGCAACUUUUGGAAAUUUGGAAUUUGGGGGGGGCAUGUUCGUGUUUGUCGGAGUGGGACCCCGGUGUCGGAGCCGGAAGCGAUAGCACGAGACACCUCCCCUCUUCUCGGUUUCCUCGUCUCCUUAGCGGAUGAGAAAGGACUUCCGGAUGCCCGCCGGCAGGAGAUUUCCCACGGUGGCGCCUGCGAGAAAUUGGGAAAGGCAGCAUAGGUGUGCCUAGAUUUUGCACUAGGACUGCUCCCCUCCGGAGGGCUCCGGAGAUGGGGGAUCGACUCGACGCUUCGCUUUCUUCUUUUGAUCUUUGACUUUGGCAAGCAGCCGCGUGCUUCCUAGGAAUCAAGGGUGCCGGGUGCGAGGUGACGAGGAUUUAAGGAGGGGGAGGGGAGCAGUAUCCAUCCACGCUAACCCAAGAUGGAAAUAUCGAGGUUGAGGAGUUGAUGUAAAGCAGCCGUUUCUCGAUUCUUUUGGCCCCUUUGAAAGAUGCGUGGACUUCAGCUCCCAGAAUUCCCUGCGAGUUGGAAGUCCACGCCUUUUAAAGGGGCAGGAGUCGAGGAAAAAAAA